AUGCCGAAAAGUGGUUCACAGAACUCCAGCGAGAGCCAAGGCCCUGUAGUGAGCUCCUGGAGCUGCUUCAAUUGCCGUAGACGAAAGUCCCGAUGCAAUAGACAGAGCCCAUGCGGAUUUUGCUCCAAAGCUGGCGUUGAAUGCCUGUAUCCUUUUACCGGACGCAUGCCAACUCGCCAGCAUAACUCGACAACUGCAUCUCUCCUUAGCCGCUUGAGGCAACUGGAGAAUGUGGUGGAUAGCUUGAAGGCCCAGGCACAAGACAAAGACUUCAUACCUGGCCAUACCAAUUCAGGCAAUACGAGCCCAAGUAAGAACGGCGAAGGCUCGAUAGCGGAAGAAGAAGGGGCUUUUAUUGAUGCGCGCACAAUCAAUUCGCGUCACAAUCUUUCGUAUGGAUUGAGCAAAUCGUUUGGCAGACUCCAAGUUUGUGAAAGCGGCACUAUGUAUACUGGCAACGGAUUUUGGGCUGCUCUCCACGGCGAGCUAAAAAGUGUUCGCCAAGCGUUCGAGGCUAGCGACAUCUUCGAUUUGAGCGCCUUUCAGGACACUUCCUCAACAUAUGAGGCUGAGGGACGUCACAUGCCCUUCGAUUUUGAUCAUAGCAACACAACCGAGUCUACACCUCAUCCAGCACCAAAUCUCCUACAUUUCAUUUGGCAGGUGUAUGUCAAGAAUGUGGAUCCCUUCAUCAAAGUGCUGCAUGUGCCAACCAUGUCUGAAGUAAUUCGGCUCUCGGAAGGUGGCUUCGAAAAGUUGUCUCCGGGGACACGAGCCUUGGUCUUUUCCAUUUCUCUAGCCGCUGUGACGUCCUUGAGUGAUGCCGAUGUACAAAAUACAUUUGGAGAUGCCAAGGAAAACGUUGUAUCACGCUUCGUUCUGGGCACAGAGAAAGCAUUAUCUCAAGCGGGCAUCCUAAAGACGACCGACCUAUGCGUUGCGCAAGCAUCUUUAAUCUAUCUUGAGAUAGCAGGCCAAAAUUAUGGGAUGCGGACGGUGUGGAUGAUGUCCGGUAUUUUAGUGAGGGCUGCGAUAUCCGUAGGGCUACACCGUGACGGAGCUACGUUUCCAAACGUGUCUUAUUUCGAGGCGGAGAUGAGACGCAGAUUAUGGUGGCAUAUUUGCUGUUUCGACGCUCGUAUCAGUCAAUGCUAUGCCCCUGAGACUAUGAUAUCUAACAAUAUGUUAGAUACAAGGGAGCCUACAAACUGCAACGACGAUGAUCUCGAAGUCAAUAUGACGAAGGAGCCAACAGCACGGGAAGGGUUUACAGAUGUGAGCUUCACCCUCAUGGCAUGUGAGCUGCGGCGUCUGUGUAAUCAUAUACUCUCUUCAAGAUCCUCCCUGAUGUCUUCAGAGAAGAAGAAGCAAGCAGUGCAACACGACGUGUUGAGUGAAAUAGAAAACGUGCGAAACUGGACCGCCAAGAAGUUCUUUGGAAACUUGGAGACAAGGCGUGAGUUACAGUCUUCUACAAAGUCCCUCUUCAACAUGCUUCUGGAUCAGCUUAGCAUCAUUGUGCGGGACACGAAUAUAUUUGAGAAAUCGCCACCCACGGAAGAGAGACAUAUGACAGACCGAUCAUAUGUGCGCGCAUUAAAUCACAUUGAGAAUAUGCGGAAAUGGCGGGACGAGCCUUCAAUGCGUCAAUGGGGCUGGGUCCUGGUGAACUUCCAACAGUGGUACGCCCUCGGUGUCGUUCUUAUUCACCUCCAAACGCAGACAUGGGACUCGGCAUGUGAACGAGCCUGGACAACUGUAGUCAAAACACUAAAUGAGAUCCCUCCGGCAAUGAUGACAGAGAAUCCCCUACGAGAGUCUAUAAUUGGCAUGGUUACUGCUGCACGUCAGCACCGAGAAGAAGAGCUUGGACGACAAUGUUGUCAAUCAGAAAGCCAUCAAAUUAUAUCUUGGAUGCCAAAUAUUGGCGCUUCUAUAUCUGUCCCCGAAGACUUUUGCUUUGAUUCAGCACCAGACCUUCUUGCUGGUAUAUUUACCGGAGAGGGCGAGAUUGCGGAGCAGCUCAAUAUAGCACCUAUAGAUCUAGUGCAAGACCCUUUCGAAGGCUCUGUUUACGCCGGGCGGGUUUAUUCAAGGACAAAUUAUCCAUCUUGGUAUUUGGAACCAACCAGCGAUUUCGAAACCUUUGAACCUAGUUUCGGAAACUUGCAGGAUCUACUGUUUUGCAAUAGUUUGGAUAAGGGGAAUCUGGGCUCAGAUAAAUAG